CUCUUAAAAAUAAUGUUACAUUUUUAAAUCGUAAAUCCACUCUCAAUUUUAAACUACCUCAACUAUACUAAAUCCAGCCUAAAAUUUACCCUUCACCGAGUCAACGUUACUCCAGAUUUAGUACAGUUUACUUAAUAUAGAAUUCAGAACGCAUUUAUAUACUUUUAACACCCUACUUUUUAGGGUGCAUGAUCCUAUCCUACGUAACCCCACACUUCCCUCUCCUCCUCCUUUAUGUAUGCAUGCAGGCAUGCAUGUAUUUCAUCCAUGAAAGGAAACAUCAAAGAGAAAGCAGCGAUAAUAUUUAUCUACGUAUAUUAAACCCAUGGAGAAAGUGUGACAGAGAAAGAAAGAUCUCUAGUAUUGAUUUUCUCCAAAGAGAAAGUCCGAGCUCGGUCGGUCGGGACUACUUUCUCCUCCCAACUCUCUUACUCACUCUCACUCUGUUCUGUUACAUAUCCUUGCAAAAUAGAAAGAAAGGAGCAGCAGUGGCACCCACACACUAAUGACUCGCUUGGGGGCCGUUCUUAAAUUAUGUGACGCAAAAGGGGGGCUGGGGGUCUAAGGUUUAGAUAAUAUCUUGUCUAUGUUACACAUGCCUCGAUUUUUGCGAAAAUUGCGAUUUUUUCGAUACAUAAUUUAUGAACGGCCCCCAUAUUUCGUAACGGCAACUGGAUAUAUUGUGCGGUAUGGCUUUGUCCUACUCCUACUGCUUUCACUCUGCCACUUUCUCUUCCUCUUUCUUUUGCUCAGUGGUGGAAGAGGUUGGCCUCCUUUCACUCCGUGUACAUGCUUUCUCUUCUUCUUCCCUCCUUCUCGCACUUAUUUACUCUUUCUCUCUUCAUCUUUCUCUCUGUCAGAGUUAUUUAUUUAAGCAAUAAGUAAAUAAAUAUAUAAAUUCAUAGUGUAACAUAUUUAUUUAAUUGUGAUUAAGUGUAUUCAUAUUGAUGAUUAAGGAUUUAAAGAGUGAUGAAAUUAAUUAAUUGAAAUUAUGGGUUGGACUGACAUUUUCGUAACGAUUUUUUAGGAAAUUUAAAAUUUAUGUGCAUAAGGCCUUGACAUUUACUUCUCACACUUUAAUGUUGCUCUUAUUCGGAGUGACAUUCUGCCUCCUUCCCCACCUGCUCAAUUGCGAUGGAAAUAAGCACAACUCUACUGAGGAGAAAGCGGUGCCACUGGGAGAGAAAAUUUCUGACAUUCUUAACUCCAUAAGAAAAGGAUAUGACAAAAGGGUCCGACCAAAUUAUGGGAGUGAGCCUGUCGUGGUAGGCGUAACGAUGUACAUACUCAGCAUAUCUUCCCUUUCAGAAGUUGAAAUGGACUUCACUGUAGACUUUUACUUCCGACAAACGUGGGUCGAUCCACGACUCAGAUUUCAAGGGCCUCCCGGUGUUAAAACACUUUCGGUGGGAACCGAAUUUUUGAAAACGAUUUGGGUUCCCGACACAUUUUUUGUGAACGAGAAGAAAUCCUACUUUCACACGGCGACCACUUCCAACGAAUUUUUACGAAUAUCCGAAGAAGGCGAUGUCCUCAGAUCGCUUAGAUUAACUGUGACUGCCACGUGUCCAAUGAAUUUACAAUAUUUCCCCAUGGACCGACAGCUUUGCACGGUUGAGAUUGAAAGUUUCGGCUACACGAUGUCCGAUCUUCGUUACCGGUGGGCCAAGGGGUUGCAAUCUGUCGGGAUUUCGUCAGACGUGUCGCUCCCACAGUUCAAGGUCACAGGUCAUCGACAACAGGCCGUCGAAAUUUCGCUCAGUUCAGGAAAUUACUCGAGAUUAGCGUGCGAAAUUCAGUUUGAGCGAUCCAUGGGCUACUACCUUAUCCAAAUUUAUAUCCCGUCAUCUCUUAUCGUUGUAAUUUCAUGGAUUUCUUUUUGGCUGAAUCGCAACGCCACACCGGCCCGCGUCGCGUUGGGAGUAACAACGGUCUUGACCAUGACAACGUUGAUGUCUUCCGUGAACGCAGCGCUGCCAAAGAUUUCGUACGUUAAGAGUUUAGACGUUUUCCUGGGAACUUGUUUCUUAAUGGUGUUCGCAGCUUUGUUGGAGUACGCCACCGUGGGUUAUAUGGCGAAAAGAAUACAAAUGAGGAAAAACAAAUUCGACGCGUUGCGGAAAAUGGCGGAGGAGCGGGCGAAAGCGGCGGGGAUAAUGGUUCCAGAGAAAAAGCCGUUCGGAUGUCCGAAAGACGUCGAAAGUGGAAACCCCGAAUUGGACAAGUUGGCGAAAAAGAUUGAAAAUUUGUAUGGAAUCGCACCUUCAGAUAUCGACAGAUAUUCGCGAGUCGUGUUCCCCGUGUGUUUCAUCUGUUUCAAUUUAAUGUACUGGAUAAUCUAUCUCCACAUUUCAGACGUAGUGGAAGACGAUCUCGUCUUUUUGGAACAAAAUUAGAAAAAAACCCAGAUACAAAAAUUUCUACAAAAAAUACCACAUGACGAUUAUGUAGGUUGAUUCAUAAAUGAUGUCACCCGAGAAAAAUUUAAAAAUCCACAAAUUUAUAAAUCCAAAAUUUUCCUUCAUUUCUUACAUUUUCCGUUCCACUACAUCAUUUAAGAAUCACCGCCCUUUUCCACGUGCAAAUAUUUCGCAUUGUUAAAUACAGAUACAAAAAUAUAAAAAAAGUAGAAAUCAAAAAAGUGAUAGCAGAAACCCCUCAUUUUCUUUUUUGUUACUAGAUGAUGAUAAAAAAUUAAAGACUUAAUUGUUUGUUAAUUAAGACUUAAAAAUCACGCUGUAAUAAUGGACGGUUAAUUGUUGUCACUUUUUGUACAACCGUCCAUCAAGUUUUACAGUUUGCUCAGUGUAUACUCAUCCUUUUGAAAUAAAUGCUCAAUAAUUGCAUGAAUUUAA